AAGACUGGGAUAUGUUAGAUGUAGACGAAGAUGAAAAGCUGACAGGAGAAGAAGAGUUUGAAUUACUGGCUGGACCUCUUGGGUUAAAUGAUCGACGUAUUGUACCUGAACCUGUACAGUUCCCUGACAGUGAUCCUCUGGGUGCUUCGGUGGCAAUGGUGACAGCCACCAACAGUAUGGAAGAAACAUUGAUGCAAAUAGGCUGUCACGGCUCUAUAGAAAAAAGUUCUUCUGGCAGGAUAACCUUAGGAGAGCAAGCAGCUGCUCUAGCAAAUCCCCAUGACCGUGUUAUGGCUCUAAGAAGAGUGACAGCUGCUGCCCAAGUCCUCCUUGCAAGAACUAUGGUUAUGAGAGCACUCUCACUUCUGUCUGUCAGUGGUUCCAGUUGUAGCCUGGCAGCUGGUCUUGAAUCCUUGGGAUUGACAGAUAUCAGAACUUUGGUUCGUUUAAUGUGCCUCGCUGCAGCAGGGAGAGCAGGCCUCUCCACAAGUCCAUCCACGGUGUCAAGUUCAACAGAGCGAUCUAGAGGAAUACACAGCAAAACAAGCAAACCUAUAUCUUGUCUUGCCUAUCUGAGUACAGCCGUAGGCUGUUUGGCAUCAAACACUCCUAGUGCUGCAAAAUUGCUGGUACAGUUAUGUACACAGAAUUUGAUUUCUGCAGCGACUGGUGUAAACUUAACAACGGUUGACGAUCCAAUUCAGCGAAAAUUUUUGCCAAGUUUUUUAAGAGGAAUUGCAGAAGAAAACAAACUUGUAACAUCUCCAAAUUUUGUGGUUACUCAAGCACUUGUAGCAUUGUUGGCAGACAAAGGGGCCAAACUGAGGCCAAAUUACGAUAAAGCAGAAAUUGAAAAGAAAGGCCCUCUGGAGCUGGCUAACGCACUAGCAGCUUGCUGCCUCUCUUCAAGGUUAUCUUCACAACAUAGGCAGUGGGCUGCUCAGCAGCUGGUGCGAACUCUCGCAGCACACGAUCGAGAUAAUCAAACUAUUCCUCAGACCCUCGCUGAUAUGGGGGGAGACUUACGAAAAUGUUCCUUCAUAAAAUUAGAGGCUCAUCAGAACAGGGUCAUGACAUGUGUUUGGUGCAAUAAAAAGGGACUUUUGGCAACUAGUGGAAAUGAUGGAACCAUAAGAGUGUGGAAUGUUACAAAGAAGCAAUAUUCAUUACAACAAACAUGUGUGCUCAACAAACUAGAAGGUGAUUCUGAAGAAAGUCUGGGGUCGCCCAGUGACCUUAGUUUGUCUCUUGUCUGUUGGAGCAUCAGUGGCAAGUAUCUGUCUGGAGCUACAGAAAAGAUGGUGAACAUAUGGCAAGUGAAUGGAGGAAAAGGAUUAUUAGAUCUUCAGCCUCACUGGGUAUCUGCUCUAGCUUGGCCAGAAGAAGGGCCAACUGCAGCGUGGACAGGAGAUGCUCCAGAAUUAUUAUUAAUUGGUCGUAUGGAUGGAUCUCUUGGUCUUAUUGAAGUUGUAGAUAUUUCAACCAUGCACCGGCUGGAACUGGAACACUGCUACAGGAAGGAUGUGUCUGUCACAUGCCUUGCCUGGUUCAGUGAAGACAAACCAUUUGCAGUUGGCUAUUCAGAUGGAAAAUUGCUAAUAGGAGCAAAGGAACCACUUGAAAAAGGAGGAAUUGUUCUUGUUGAUGCACAUAAGGAUAUGAUUGUUAGUAUGAAGUGGGAUCCAACUGGUAAGAUUCUCCUGACAUGUGCCAAAGAAGAAACAGUGAAACUCUGGGGAUAUAUGGGAGGAUGUUGGAGACGUCUGCAUUCACUGUCACAUCCAGCUCUUGUGAAUGGCAUUGCCUGGUGUGCUCUGCCAGGGAAGGGACCCAAGUUGCAGCUUUUACUAGCUACAGGAUGCCACAACGGUUUGGUGUGUGUCUGGGCUGUUCCCCAGGACAUAGUAAUGACGUUGCAAUCCAGCUCAACGUGCUCAGAAGGAUGGUGGGAUGAAGAAACAAGUGCCAAGGAUGGAUACAGAAAAGCAGUAGAAGUCAAGUGUGCAUUUCAACUGAGAGGACAUAUUGCUCCUGUUCGGACUGUUGCAUUCAGCCCUGAUGGACUGGCAUUAGUAUCUGGUGGACUUGGUGGUCUCAUGAACAUUUGGUCCUUACGGGAUGGCUCAGUAUUACAGAGUGUUGUGAUAGGUUCUGGAGCUAUUCAGACUGCAGUAUGGAUACCUGAAGUUGGAGUAGCUGCUUGCUCUAACAGAUCAAAGGAUGUGUUGGUAGUGAACUGUACAUCAGAGUGGAUAUCUUCCAAUCACGUCCUUGCAACAUGUAGGACUGCACUGAAACAGCAAGGAGUUCUGGGAUUAAAUAUGGCCCCUUGCAUGCGAGCUUUCUUGGAACGUUUGCCCAUAAUGCUUCAGGAGCAGUAUGCUUACGAAAAGCCCCACGUGGUUUGUGGAGACCAGCUUGUUCACAGUCCUUACAUGCAGUGCUUGGCAUCGCUCGCUGUGGGCCUUCACCUGGAUCAGCUCUUGUGCAACCCCCCAGUCCCUCCUCAUCACCAGAACUGCCUCCCUGAUCCUUCCGCCUGGAAUCCUACAGAAUGGGCCUGGCUGGAGUGUUUCUCCACUACUAUAAAAGCUGCUGAAGCUCUGGCCAAGGGAGCACAAUUCCCAGAAUCCUUUACUGUUCCGGACCUGGAGCCUGUUCCAGAGGAUGAGCUUACUCUGCUAAUGGAUAACAGUAAAUGGAUCAAUGGCAUGGAUGAACAGAUAAUGUCUUGGGCAACAUCGAGGCCAGAGGAUUGGCACUUGGGAGGCAAAUGUGACGUGUAUCUGUGGGGAGCAGGUAGACACGGACAGUUAGCAGAAGCUGGUAGAAAUGUCAUGAUACCAGUAGCAGCACCUUCCUUCUCUCAGGCUCAGCAGGUUGUGUGUGGUCAGAACUGUACUUUUGUCAUUCAAGCUAAUGGCACGGUUUUGGCUUGCGGAGAAGGGAGCUAUGGGCGACUAGGACAAGGAAAUUCUGACGAUCUUCAUGUCUUAACAGUCAUUUCAGCGCUGCAAGGCUUCGUUGUGACGCAGCUGGUGACCUCUUGUGGAUCUGACGGACAUUCCAUGGCUUUAACAGAAAGUGGGGAAGUCUUUAGCUGGGGAGAUGGAGAUUAUGGCAAACUGGGGCAUGGAAACAGCGACAGACAGCGCCGACCAAGACAAAUAGAAGCUCUGCAAGGAGAAGAAGUGGUGCAGAUGUCAUGCGGCUUCAAACAUUCAGCUGUGGUGACAGCAGAUGGCAAACUUUUUACAUUUGGAAACGGUGAUUAUGGUCGAUUAGGACUUGGAAAUACUUCCAAUAAGAAACUUCCAGAAAGAGUGACGGCGCUGGAAGGUUACCAGAUUGGACAGGUGGCCUGUGGACUCAAUCAUACUGUAGCUGUGUCAACAGAUGGCUCAAUGGUUUGGGCUUUUGGAGAUGGAGAUUAUGGUAAACUUGGUUUGGGAAAUUCCACUGCAAAAUCCUCACCGCAGAAAGUGGAUAUUCUUUGUGGAAUUGGAAUUAAGAAAGUUGCCUGUGGAACCCAGUUCUCUGUUGCACUCACAAAAGAUGGUCAUGUAUAUACUUUUGGACAAGAUCGCCUGAUAGGUUUGCCAGAAGGUCGCGCUCGAAAUCACAACAGACCCCAGCAAGUUCCAGUACUGUCAGGAGUCUUCAUUGAAGACAUAGCUGUAGGAGCAGAGCAUACGCUAGCUUUGUCAUCUACCGGGGAUGUAUAUGCUUGGGGGAGCAACUCUGAAGGGCAGCUUGGACUGGGCCAUACCAACCAUGUCAGAGAACCAACACUCAUAACAGUGCUGCAAGGAAAGAAUGUUCGACAAAUUUCAGCAGAAAAAAGUGCUGCCUGGACAGCUCCACCUGUUCCACCCAGAGCUCCAGGUGUUUCAGUGCCUUUACAGCUUGGUUUACCUGAUGCCAUUCCACCACAGUAUGGGGCACUAAAGGAAGUGAGCAUUCAUACAGUAAGAGCAAGGCUCAGACUGCUGUACCAUUUUUCUGAUCUCAUGUACUCUUCAUGGAGAUUACUUAACCUCAGUCCCAACAACCAGAACAGUACAUCCCAUUACAAUGCUGGAACAUGGGGAAUAGUUCAAGGACAGCUAAGGCCCUUGCUAGCACCACGAGUAUACACGCUCCCCAUGGUACGCUCGAUAGGAAAAACUAUGGUUCAGGGGAAAAACUACGGGCCACAGAUUACUGUGAAAAGGAUAUCAACCAGAGGUCGGAAAUGCAAGCCCAUUUUUGUACAGAUAGCAAGGCAAGUGGUAAAGCUGAAUGCAUCAGACCUUCGCCUACCUUCCCGUGCCUGGAAAGUGAAACUGGUUGGAGAAGGAGCUGACGAUGCAGGUGGAGUGUUUGAUGACACUAUUACAGAAAUGUGUCAGGAACUUGAAACUGGAAUAGUAGACCUGCUUAUUCCUUCCCCAAAUGCGACAGCUGAAGUAGGCUACAAUAGAGAUAGGUUUCUCUUUAACCCUUCAGCAUGUUUAGAUGAACAUCUGAUGCAGUUUAAGUUCUUGGGCAUUCUCAUGGGUGUAGCUAUUCGUACAAAAAAGCCAUUAGAUCUUCAUCUGGCUCCAAUGGUCUGGAAGCAACUUUGUUGUAUCCCACUCAUCUUGGAGGAUUUGGAGGAGGUAGAUCUGCUCUAUGUGCAGACCCUCAACAGCAUUCUUCACAUUGAAGACAGUGGGAUUACUGAAGAAAAUUUCCAUGAGAUGAUUCCUUUAGAUUCCUUUGUUGGCCAAAGUGCUGAUGGUAAAAUGGUUCCCAUAAUCCCUGGAGGGAACAGCAUCCCACUUACCUUUUCAAACAGGAAAGAAUAUGUGGAGAGGGCAAUUGAGUACAGACUCCAUGAAAUGGACCGUCAGGUGGCUGCUGUAAGAGAAGGAAUGUCUUGGAUUGUUCCGGUUCCUUUGUUGUCUCUUCUGACUGCCAAGCAGUUGGAGCAAAUGGUCUGUGGAAUGCCAGAAAUAUCAGUUGAAGUUCUGAAGAAGGUUGUGCGAUACAGAGAAGUUGAUGAGCAGCAUCAGCUAGUACAGUGGUUCUGGCAUACCCUCGAGGAAUUUUCAAAUGAGGAGAGAGUCCUUUUCAUGAGGUUUGUGUCAGGAAGAUCUCGACUGCCAGCCAACACAGCUGAUAUCUCUCAGCGAUUCCAAAUAAUGAAGGUUGAUAGGCCUUACGACAGCUUGCCUACCUCACAGACUUGUUUCUUUCAACUGAGGCUCCCACCUUACUCCAGUCAACUAAUCAUGGCAGAGCGUUUGCGCUAUGCAAUCAAUAAUUGCAGGUCUAUAGAUAUGGACAAUUAUAUGCUCUCACGGAAUGUAGACAAUGCAGAGGGCUCAGACACAGAUUAUUAACAUUCUGUGAACAAAAUCAUCUUCCUUUUACUACAAAUAGUGCCCUAAGUCCAAUUCAUUGUUGACAUAAUUUUACAGUAACCAUAGAUGUUUUAGGAGCAUAAAACCAGAUGUUAAUAGAAGUGGCCUCAUUUUAGUUACUCUAAAUGUAAGAAAAAAUUAGAUGUUUUUAUUUUUUUGUGAAUGUACAAAAGAAAAAAAGGAAAAAGAAAGCAAAAAAAAUCUGAGCAGUAAGGUUUUUUUUCUCCUUUUUUUGGUCACUUUUGAUAAGUUUGCAUGGAGACAUUUUGGUGCAUUUUUGUUGGGAAUAGUACGUUUGUAAGCCCUCCCAGUGAACAUGAAGAGUUGUACAUUGUGUAUAAUUGUUCACUAGCAAGGACAGUUUUACAUGAAUAUUCACAUAUUUAUUUUGUUUUAAUUUGAAUUGCCUGUGCAGGGUUCUUUAUGCAGAGAAAAAUAAAGCAAAUUCAAGAAAUGGUUGCUUGUAUGCAUUUGUGAACUGUGAUUGCUUUACUCAGUCUUCAUACUGUUAUAUGUUGUCUCAGGAAAUUAUACUAUUACAGUGUUUAGACAGGACGUGACAUUUGAAGCGUCUUGAAAUACUGAUCAUCAGCGUAUCUGAUGUGUAGUACUGUGCUCUUCAUUCUUAAUGUCUUGGAGGUACUGUCUUUUUUGGGUAUACCACUAUUUAUUCUUUGUACUUCAAUACA